UUCCGCACCUGGCUGCUUCAGAAAUCUCCUCCGUUCUCUGUCUCUCACUUCUUCAGCCCUUGUUCGAAAUCAAGAUGAGAACUUGUACCUUCCAAACCCCGUCACACUCUGGCCUGGCUCGCCUCCAGAGAAAUCUCGACCGUUCGAUUCACGGCUCUCAAGAGCACAGAUUCAUCACAACUUUGCCUUCAACACUCUCCAAAUCUUCAGGGCUUUCUGUUCGGUGCGCCGUUCGAUUUCGACCUUGUAUCGAUAUACACAAAGGGAAAGUGAAGCAGAUUGUUGGGUCUACUCUUCGGGACUCCAAGGACGAAGGGUCGACUCUAGUGACGAAUUUUGAAUCAGAUAAGUCAGCUGCAGAGUACGCCAACUUGUAUAAAGAAGAUGGGCUUGCCGGUGGUCAUGUGAUUAUGCUCGGAGCUGAUCCUUUGAGCAAAUCUGCAUCCUUUGAUGCAUUGCAUGCCUAUCCUGGCGGGCUGCAAGUUGGGGGUGGGAUCAAUUCAGACAAUGCUUUAAGUUACAUACAAGAAGGAGCGAGCCAUGUUAUUGUUACUUCAUAUGUAUUCAACAAUGGACAAAUGGACCUUGAUAGGCUUAAAGAUCUUGUCGGUGUUGUUGGGAAGCAGAGGCUUAUCUUGGACCUUAGCUGCAGGAAGAAGGAGGGUAAAUAUGCGAUAGUCACUGAUAGAUGGCAGAAGUUCAGUGAUGUAUAUCUUGAUCAGAAGGUAUUGGAAUUUCUUGCAAGUUAUGCGGAUGAGUUUUUAGUUCACGGGGUUGAUGUUGAAGGGAAAAAGUUGGGAAUCGAUGAAGAGCUUGUGGCAUUGCUUGGCAGAUACUCACCGAUACCGGUGACUUAUGCGGGUGGUGUCACAGUGAUGGCUGACCUGGAGAGGAUAAAGGAUGCAGGUAAUGGAAAUGUGGACGUUACAGUGGGCAGCGCCCUCGACAUCUUCGGGGGCAACUUAGCAUACAAAGAUGUCGUCGCAUGGCAUACCCAGCAGCAGGCCUUGAUGGUUUAGCAAUGUCUUGCUUUUAAACAUUUGCCAUGGACUGCCAAUUUUCCCCCUGGUUUUACUGGAAAUCAUGAAAUUUGAGAGUCCUUGCUUACUAAACUGCACUCAUUUGUCCAAAAGACAGAAGUUCUGUCAGAUGUAAUAAACCAGUGCUGGUAUUGUAGUAGUGAUAGGUUCUGUGACUAAACCAAUUCGUCAGGUUCCCGGCAAUAUACUAUUUUCAUUUCAAUA